GGCCGGGAACUCCAACCCAAAGUCCUCAACCAACACCACAAACUCCUCCUACCAACCAUAAUCCAAAAACUUUGUCAGAAAUAGAAAAAUGGGUAGAGGACAAAAAUUAUGACCCAUUAAAGGGAGUAAACUUGGCUGGAGUAGACUUAAAAGGAAAGAGUGACAAUGGCAAGGUGUCAGAUUUGGAAGAACUGACCAUCGCAGAACAAAAGUAUUUAGCCACAAAAUACAAAGAUUAUGUUCAAUUAAGUGCGGCCGGAGACGGAAAUUGUUUCCUUCAUACUUUUUCGGUAUUUUUGACCGGUAAUAGCAAUGUAGAUAUGACUUUGCGUUUAAGGGUGGCGAUGUGUUUAGAACUAAUGAAAAAUGCUGAAAUAUAUUUUAAGACUGAAUCUAGCGAAGAGGAUAAAAUAA